AUGAAGCUAACGGGGCUUCAUGUGAUUGGAGACAGCAAACUUAUCCUCACGCAUCUGGCGCGGCGACGCCCUCCCAAGGCUGCUCACUUGCGAGAUAUUUACGCGCAAUGCAGAACUAUCGCGGACCAGCUUCAGAUCACGUCCUGGACGCAUCACCUCCGCCACUUCAAUAAGACGGCUGACAAAUUGGCGAACCUCGCGAUGGAUACCAAAUGCAGCAUCCAGGUACUUGACACAGACAUCGAGCACCUUACCCCGACCUGGUCGUCCGUGACAGCACUACUCACGAGCGAUGUAUCACAAUGGAUUGAAACCCAUCUAGACCCGGAUGAAGACGGUAGACGGUCGAACUCACUAGGCAACUCUGAGGAGGAUGCAUGUGCUAGCACCUUCAACGGUAGUUAG